AGGCGGUCUCUUCUUACAUUGGAAGUGAAAGUGAAUGAAUGUCGGAGGCUUAAUUAGAGAGGAGACCUGCGCCUGCGCCAGUCCCUCCGACACCGUCGCGCUUCACACCCGCGCAUCGCGUACCCACAGCGUCUCAUCCGCACGCCUACAGCUGUUCGCCGCACACAAACGCUUCACUGUGUUACUGACAUCUACUACUUAUUCCACAGAGAUGAGCCGGCAUAUCUAUUUGGCGGCUGUUGCGUUCCUGGCAGUGGUGUGCAUUGCCAACGCCCAGCGGCGUCUUGCCUUACCCGACCCGAGGAGUUGCGCAAACAGGGUUCGUCAUUCUACGUACCGUGAUGCACGUGGAGUUUUACAUUCCUACUUCUUCAGUUGGGAACACGCGCCAACAAGAAACUUAGAAGUAGAUUGGCUGGACGCAAGAAAUAUUUGCCGUAGACACUGCAUGGACGCCGUGUCCCUGGAAACACCACAAGAAAAUGAAUUUGUAAAACAAAGAAUCGCUCGUGGAAACAUUCGUUACAUUUGGACGUCUGGUCGUAAAUGCAACUUCGCCGGUUGCGACCGCCCUGACCUACAACCCCCCAAUGUUAACGGCUGGUUCUGGUCUGGAUCUGGCGCCAAGAUCGGUCCCACCACGCAGCGCAACACUGGCGACUGGUCGUACACCGGCGGCUACGGACAAGCCCAGCCCGACAACCGUGAAGCUGCUCAGGGCAAUGAUGAAUCCUGUUUGGCGAUCCUGAAUAACUUCUACAACGACGGUGUGAAGUGGCACGACGUGGCAUGUCAUCACGUCAAGCCGUUCGUGUGUGAGGACAGCGACGAGCUGCUCAACUUCGUGCGCUCGCGCAAUCCCGGCCUGCGUCUAUAAGACGCCAACUCUACAUGAUUACGAGCUCCUCGUGCGCUCCCAGAAGGAUGAUAUUGUACAAAAACUUGUGGCUUAUAAUAACUACAUUUAAGUUAUUUAUUAUUUAAAAAAUAAUUCUAAUUUACUUUUGUAUUAUCGAGUUUUGUGCUUGCAAAAUAAAAUGGUGAAAAUAAUUAAGGGUUGUAAUAAAGCAGAUUUAUUAUACCUACUAAUA